UUCAUAGAUCAAUUGCACUUGAACUUUUGAAGGCGGAUUGCUUUCUUUCAUGAGGUAUUACCAAGAUACCCAAUCCACUGAUCGAUUACCGCAGACGGUUUAGGAGCUCGAAAUAAUGGCGGGCAACAAAGGUUUCAUCCCACCAUAUGUACUCCAAAAUGUUGCUCAUUCAGGAGCAGCAGACAUAACUACUCGUGAUGCAGCGGCGGGAACCUUAAGAACGCAGGAGAAGAUUGCAGCCGGGGCAACCUCAACCCCAGAGGUGUCCAAGUCGGAAGUUAUAUCGAUAACGCCUCUGCUCAAACGGCUAUGGCCAUCCCCCUCGAACCAGUCCGUGUCGGCCUCCGAGAUCGCUUUUGCGUUGUCUCAUAUCUUUACGAAUAGCCUCUCUCCCGUCCAGACGGGGGCGCUGUUGACAGCUCUGCACUUCACUGGUGAGGAUAGAAAACCAGCCGUCCUGUCGGCAUGCGCAGCAGAGAUGAGAGGGGCUUCUACCGUACCAGACGCGACAUUGCUAAGGGAAUGCGUUGCGAAGAAUGGCGCAAAGCUCAAGAGAGGGGGUUAUAGGGGUGGACUGUGUGACAUCGUGGGCACUGGGGGCGACUCCCAUAACACCUACAACGUUUCAACGACCUCCAGCAUCAUCGCAUCUGCCUACCUAUUACUAGCAAAACACGGCAACCGAGCUUCGACCUCUGCCUCUGGAUCCGCAGACCUACUAACAUCCCCGGUAGCCCGGCCUCGUCCGGCUGUUCUGACUGCGACGACGCCGAGUACAAUAACUGCCGUCUACGAAAAGACGAACUAUGCCUUCCUCUUCGCCCCCGUUUUCCAUCCCGGGAUGGCGUACGUAGCUCCGGUCAGGAAAGAGCUGGGAUGGAGAACGAUUUUCAACCUGCUGGGACCUCUGAGCAACCCUAUCGAGAGCACAGGAACACUGGAGGCUCGAAUGAUCGGUGUCGCGCGACGAGAUGUCGGUCCUGCUUUCGCGGAGGCGCUAGCACUCGGCGGCGCGACGAAGGCAUUGGUUGUAUGCGGCGACGAAGAGCUCGAUGAAAUCAGCUGCGCCGGAUUGACGCACUGUUGGGCGGUUCAACCAAUUGCUGACGACGAAGUGGCGGAUGGGGACGAUGAAGAACGCCAGAGAACGACCACGACAUACUUCGCCUUACAGCCGUCGGACUUCGGCUUGCCAGCACAUCCGUUGUCCGAAGUCCAUCCAGGAGGAACCCCCACCCAAAACGCCGAGAUCCUGAUGAAUUUCUUAGAUGGCAAGAUUGCGGAUGAUGAUCCCGUUCUGCACUUUGUCCUUAUGAACACGGCGGCCUUGCUUGUUAUUGCGGGGGUAUGUGACGAAGACGAGGCAGAAACGAUCAAAGAGACGGGUCCCGGUGGCUUCCGAUGGAAGGAGGGCGUCAGGCUUGCGCGACUGGCGAUCAAGGAUGGCAGGGCGAAGGAGAUGUGGGCGGCGUUUGCAAACGUCACGAACGAAUUGAGCGGACAGUGAACCGUUUAUCUAAAUCAAGAAGCAGCAGCCUCCCUUCCACUGAUUAUGGCUGACUUAAGUCGUAUUGACACAAGGAAUCACCAUAUCUAGCUCUAAUCUCAUCCCUCAUUCCGUAACAUACAUAUCCACGCACCUAUCUCUGACCUCUAGAGGACUGGAAUAUCCAUCAUAUCCCCCUCUUCAAGCGAUGGCAGACGCUCAGAUGAGCCCCAUCGCAACCAUUCCAGCUGCGCCCAUCACCCCCGCAAACUGCGCGCCUUGGGUCACCGCCGGGACAGCCGCGCCCCCAGUACUUUCCAUGCUGCUGGAGCUUGAGGAGCUACUCGAAGAGCUCGACGACGAGGUCGACGAGGUCGACGAUGAUGAGGGCGGCUCUGAGGAAGGCGGCGCUGAGGUUUCGUCGGCCGGAGCAGCCGAGGACUCGGCGGCCGGAGCAGCCGAGGACUCGGCGGCCGG